CUCGAGCCUGAGGGGCCGGAGCUUCGGCCGUCAUCAUCACAGCAAUUUGAGCCCCUUGACAGUGACUUCUAGAAACGUGCACAUAAUCCAUUGCAACCUUCCCACUCUGUCACCCAGGAGGAGCACCAUGGAGGGAGACUGCCUGAGCUGCAUGAAGUACCUGAUGUUCGUUUUCAAUUUCUUCAUUUUUCUGGGAGGGGCCUGCCUGCUGGGCAUCGGGAUCUGGGUGAUGGUGGACCCCACUGGAUUCCGGGAGAUCGUGGUCGCUAACCCCCUGCUCAUCACGGGCGCCUACAUCCUGCUGGCCAUGGGCGGCCUGCUGUUUCUACUGGGCUUCCUGGGCUGCUGCGGAGCCAUCCGUGAGAACAAGUGUCUGCUGCUGUUUUUCUUCAUGUUCAUCCUGAUCAUCUUCCUGGCAGAGCUCUCAGCAGCCAUCCUGGCCUUCAUCUUCAGGGAAAAUCUCACCCGUGAGUUCUUCACUAAGGAGCUCACCAAGCACUACCAGGGCAAUAAUGACACGGACGUUUUCUCUGCCACCUGGAACUCUGUCAUGAUCACAUUUGGCUGCUGUGGAGUCAAUGGACCUGAGGACUUCAAGCUUGCAUCGGUCUUUCGACUGCUGACUCAGGACAGUGAGGAGGUGCCAGAGGCCUGCUGCCGGAGGGAACCCCAGGCUCGGGAUGGGGUGCUGCUGAGCAGGGAAGACUGCCUGCGGGGGAAGAGCCUAUUCAUAAACAAACAGGGGUGUUACACGGUGAUCCUCAGUGCCUUCGAAAGCUAUGUCUACCUGGCUGGAGCCCUCGCCAUAGGGGUGCUGGCUGUCGAGCUUUUUGUCAUGGUCUUCGCCAUGUGCGUCUUCCGGGGGAUCCAGUAGGUGUGGCCUGCACCUUGCCCCGCCCACCACGCCCAGUACCCAGCGCCCCCUCUCCCCUAUCUUCUCAGCCCCAGGGGAGGAGCAGGCCAUCAUGGAUGGCCAGAAGGCCAGGGGCAUAUAGCUAUUUUUUAGUAAGACAAAGUGAAGACAGAAACGUGGACUGAGAUGCCCAUGCCUGCACUCCAGGAGGCCCAGGAUACAGUCUGCUCUGGCGACCAAAGGACACCAGUCCUAGGGCCCCUUGGUCCAACGUGACUCAGAUGUCCCCAGGCCUGGGUCCCUGGGGCCAAGGCAGGGAGGAUGUAGCCUCAGGGAGGCAGAAGUGAGUGCGUCUUGGAGAAGCUGCCCAAGCCCCAGGAGCCCUGAGGAGGCAGUUUUGCCAGAUCCUUAAUGACACAGAGCCUACGGCCCAAUCUCUGAUCUUCCAGGAUGGAGUCGUCCCCGCUUCCAGCUGGGGCCAAGAGUGGCUGCAUGUGGGCCCUGGAUCCAGGAGUGGCUCCACUGGCAGAGCCCUUACUUUUCCCAUCUGUUGCCCAGAGAGGGACAGUGGCCUGCCCAUCAUCACACAGCACGUGCAUGACAGACAGCUCUGACAAGAACCUGGGUCAUCUCCAGCUGCUGUCACUCCAUCCGGGAUUCUUAUCACUUCUGCUGCUCACACACCCCACCCCUCCGCAUCCUGGCACCCCAGAAAACAGGGCAAGCUGGCCAGGAACUGCCCUUUUCCAGCUCUAAAGCUGAGAAAAUUCUGUACUAUGUCCACCCCAUAUCUCUGUCCAAGCCCCCUCCCAUGAACAUGUAUCACAUCCCCUGAUCCUCUCUGCCCACCUCUCCACACAGGCCAUCCCCAUCCUGUUCUACCCAAACUCCUGGUGUUCAGAGUGAAAGCAGCCCCCAAGAUCAUCUGGCUCCCCCUCCCCCUCCCCCAAAACUGAGGCUUGGAUGUGUUGUGCAAGACCCCUGCCCCCUCUUCUUGCAUCCCUCCAGGGACUGAGAGCUCACUACCUCCCGAGGCAGCCUUCUGCCUCUGGAUGCUCUGACUUUAGCAUCAGCUCCAGGACAGAAGAGGGUCUGCUUCCCUGUGGUUCCGUCCAUGCCUCCCACUCACUUCCACUCCUCCCUGGAGUUUAAGGUCACAUCUUGACUCCCUGGGGCCCUCUUGUCUCUAGCCUGAUGAACCCCACGGCAUCUCAGCCACUUCUGCUGUGACACCGUUUCCUGUCCUUUCGCUGUCCAUGUGACAUUGUAGCAUUCCCUCCAGGCUCAGGCAGAGAUUUUAGAAACACAGGUUUACACCAGGCUUCAGACUAACCAGGAUGACAACUGGCUUGUGAGCUGCCUUGACCAUGACCAAUCAGGAGUAGCCACUAGAGCCGUGCUAAGGAUCCCAGAAUUGGUCUGGAUCAGGGGAUCUCUUUAGUGCUGUCUGUCAAAACAUAGAGUUUGAUUAGCGACAUCUGCCAUGGGCACAGGGAUGACAGAACAAUAUGAUGCCCGCUCUCCUUUCUCUACUGUCCCUCUUCAGGUCCUAGGAAAAGCCUAUUCUGUCUCAUAAGCCACUGGCAACCUGGGCCAGUUCCAGCCUCCCUUCCUUCCUGCCUGGCACUCCUGCCUUUGUCCCCUGCCCCUUCUGAGACGCAGCCAGCUGUGCCUGCUCACUAGGGUCAUGCUGACCCUCCUCCCAUGUGCUCCCUCUCCUCUUCCUGCUGUCCCCACCAGUCCUGGACUUUCUCCAGGGCCUCUGACCUCCAUCCACCCAUCCUGUCCCUGUGACAGCUUGCUCUGGCAU